UGUUGUAUCUGCUUCAAUAUGUCUGGAAGGGGGAAGACUGGCGGCAAAACAUGUGCCAAGGCUAAGACUCGCUCUUCACGAGCUGGGUUACAGUUCCCAGUUGGCCGUGUUCACAGGCUUCUGAGGAAAGGUAAUUAUGCUGAGCGUAUAGGUGCUGGUGCUCCCGUCUACUUGGCUGCUGUGCUCGAGUACCUGACCGCUGAAAUUCUCGAGUUAGCUGGGAAUGCUGCUCGUGACAACAAGAAAACUAGAAUCAUUCCUCGUCACUUGCAACUGGCAGUGCGUAACGACGAGGAGCUUAAUAAGUUAUUGGGUGGCGUGACCAUCGCUCAGGGUGGUGUGCUGCCAAACAUUCAGGCCGUGCUUCUGCCUAAGAAGACCGAGAAAGCAGUUAAAAGCAAGUAAAUUAGGGGUAUACGUUUAUCA